GUCAUACCUUCGACCGCACUCCCGGAUGUCUCGCUUUCUCGUUCUGCUCUCGCAAGUUACUGGCUAAGAACUGAUAGCUAAUGUGUUGAAUGAUUUGACACUUUCAGCCUUGGAAGCUCCUAAUAAAUGCGAUGAAACCAUUCUCUUUCUACUGGCUACUAGCGCUUGCUAAUUAUUUUAUUUCUAGAUAUAGCAACGGAGUUUGUGAAAGCGGUAAAGGUCGCGUUUGUAGAAGACGGUGAGAAGAGAAGGGUAUCCAAGGCGAAGGAAUGGCGGAUAAGACAUCAGGAUGAUGAAGAAGCAAGAUUUGAUCUCCUACAAGUUGGAGACGAGGUUAUGGCCUACUGGAGCCCAGACAAACAAUUUUAUCUUGCCAUGGUGAUUGAGCUGGAGACCAAAAAAAUGGCAAGACAAGACAAUCCAAUUAAAGCAGCGAAGAGACAACUUUCGUUGGAUUAUUUGGAAGAGGCUGUCAAUGUUGAAGCCAAGAAAAUUGCAAGCAAAAAGAAAAUAUAUUCAGUGGCCAGUGCCAAGGCUAUGGAAAGAGACAUUGUCUUGGGUAGCUCAACUGAAGAUGAACUGGACAAUGACAUGAUACGGAAUAGAGCCAGUAGUUCAAGCGUUCAGUAUUUGGCUUCAAAGUUUUCACCAUUGAAAGAUUUUGGAAGACCAAAGAUGGAAAAAUCUCGAGCUUCCUUGCCGCAAGCUUCUCUACUACAGGUGGAGGGUUCUCAAGCUUCUUUACAGCAGGCUUCUCUACAACAGAUGGAAGGUUUUCGAGCUUCUUUACAGCAGGCCUCCUUAGAACAGACGAUGACGCACGAUUCUCAGAGUUUCUCACAGCAGACAUGUUUCCAAGCAAUAAUGAAAGAACUGAAAGAUAUAAAGGAGUUACUGGGGAAGGUAGUAGAAAGGAAAGGAAGUGAUCAAAACAAAGGAGUACAAGACGUUGUUGGCAGUGAAGUGUUUGUUGGGGACCGAAUGUUUGAAAUCAAAGUGCCAAAAAUCAGCAUUAUAGAGGCAGAACAUAGUGCAAAGAAUUCCCAGGCUCUUGCUCGCAAUUUGUUAGACUGUCUGCUGACAAAGAGGGAACAAGCUGACAGAACCUGCUAUGGUAGUGCGACAAAAAACCGAAUUCAACCGAACAUUUUGAGAGCUAUAAGAAGUCAUUGUUUUGCUAAAUAUCCAUCAAGCAACGAGAAAGCUGAAUGGAUUAGAAUAGUAAAGGCACUAACUGACAAAUGCCACGAUCAGAGUCGUCGGUUUCAAAUAACUCAAAAUUGAUUUAAUUACGACGGAACUGUUGCAAAUAAGUAGUAUAUGACUAUCUGUUCUUCGUCUCUUCAUUUCUUCUCAUCCCUUUUUCUCGUGUUAAUUUUUAGGUAUUUAGAUUUCAAGUGUGCUAAUAGCAAAUACUACCACUUUUUAAUUUUGUUAAUCA